GUAGGCGGGUGGGGGCGGAGCCAGGGCCGGAAGUAGAACGGUGGCGGCCGCGGAGGCUCUGGCAGCUCCGGACUGAGUGCAAGGUGACUCGGAAGAAUCACCAUGAUUCUUCAAAGGCUCUUCGGGUUGUCCUCUCUCAUUCGGUCUGCGGUCUCCGUUCAUUUGAGGAGGAACAUUGGUGUUACAGCAGUGGCAUUUAAUAAGGAACUUGAUCCUGUACAGAAACUCUUCGUGGACAAGAUUAGAGAAUACAGAACUAAACGACAGGCAUCUGGAGGACCGGUUGACACUGGCCCAGAAUACCAGCAAGACCUAGAGAGGGAACUUUUUAAGCUUAAGCAGAUGUAUGGUAAAGCAGACAUGAAUACAUUUCCAGACUUCAAAUUUGAAGAUCCUAAAUUUGAAGUCAUUGAAAAACCCCAGUCUUGAAGAAAUAAUGUAAAAUUUAUUCGAUAAUUUGUUCUAGAUUAGUUGUACAACUGGAUCAGAAUAAACAUACAUUUCUCAACUGUCAAAUGUUCUUUUAAUUCUGACUCCAAAUAAAUUAUUUGGUGAUGUUGGGUGUGCA